GUCCCACAGACGCCCUGAGAGAAAAGGAUUUAAUGGAACGUUCAGAUAAGGUGGCCAAGCGGCUGCAAUUGAUGGCGCAGAGAUACGAGGCUCUGGAGAAAAGGCGCAACAUGGAGGUAGAGGGCUAUAAGACUGACAUCAAGCUGCUGAGACUGCGGUUAAAGGAUGUAGAGAAGCAACUAUUCAAGGUGACGCUGAACAUCGGGCCAGACCAAGAUCUUGCUAUUCUGGAUGCAGUGCGGCAAGGCAACAAAAAGACACAAAAAUUUCAAGGGGAACUGAGCCUGGAGAAUGAACUGAGAAUCGGAUAGAGCACAAGGGAGACUGACGGAGCUGCCACACUAAACAAGGAGCCACAGAUAAAGGUCUACCCUGGCUCUACCUCUAGGAUUAUAUAGUGUGUUCGGCCCAGGAAGGAAGAAUAUUGGUGGCCAUACACGUUGCCAAGCGAGCUGAUCUUCUCCCGGUAUCCCCACCUACGGGUGGGUUAUAUCGGGCGAAUUCAGGCUUAUUAGAACAAGGGAUAUUAGAACAACGGAUCAAGUACAGUACCUGUACUUGAUCCCAACUAAGAUAUAAUUACCCCUUAUUGGGGGCAGAACAGCCCUAUUGGG